UUCGCUGUUUGAACGAAGAAAAACAGACGCUAACAUGAGCUACAGGAGUUAGUGGCUCUGCUCUGCUCUGCUGUUUCUGAUGUGUCUCUGAGCGACUCUGUGCAGUUUAUAAACGGCAAAAGUAUCUGUUACGUUAAAGUAACAACAUAGUUAGCAUAAGUCAGUUAGCUAAAGUUAGUUAGCAGGGAGUGAGUUAUCCGAGGUUAGUCAGUUAGUCCCACAGACUGGUGUCCUGGUGGAGGACGCAUCAUGGAUAAAGUCCGGAGGAUCCUCGUGUAUGUGUGGAAGGACCGAGCUGCACCACAGCGAGCUCAGUUUGUGCAGAGUAUCACGAGUCACUUCGCUGACGGCAGUGAUGAUGAGGUGGAGGUGAGCUGCUCUUUGGACAAAAACCAAUUUGUCCUUUACAGAGGAGAUGCAGAACCAAUGAUUCCUCUGAAGAGACCCGCCUUCUGUCCAAUCAAACACCUGUCAGUCACAGAGGCAGCUGCGAUCCCAUUGGACAUACAGAAGCGUGGAGUGGAUGUGGGUGUGGCCAUCCUCCUGCAGACUGCCAAUCAGAGAGUGUUGCUGACACGGCGGGCGAAGCAACUUCGGAUAUUUCCCAACGUCUGGGUUCCUCCAGGCGGCCACCUUGAGCCAGAUGAGACGCUGCUGGAAGCAGGUCUCAGGGAGUUAAAGGAGGAAACGGGACUGAAACUAAAACCAGAGGAGGUUUCUCCAAAAGUACUAGGACUGUGGGAGUCGGUAUUUCCUCCCAUGUUGUCCAGAGGGCUUCCUCAGAGGCACCAUGUUGUCGUCUACAUGCUGCUGCACUCGUCCUUCACACACCUGCAGCUACAGGCCUCUCUCAGCCCUUCACCUGCUGAGGUCAGCGCCUGUUUGUGGGCCGACAGCCGGCUGAUCAGAUCCAUCGUGUCCGCUGUGGACGGCGAGGACGAAGAGGUUCACCUGGACGACCUGCCGAGCAGCGUCAGUGUGUCCCAGGUGUCUGCAGACGGAGCUUUGUCCGACUCCUCGCUGCCUGUCACGGUCUUUGUCAACCGGGCGCCGGCCAGCGGUCCAGAUGUGGAGCGGGUCAGCACCGGGACCAAGUAUGCCCUGGAGCUGUGGCUGAGGAGCCUGAAUGCCCCUGACCUCUGACCUCUGAGCCCAACCCUAUCCUGCAGGCAUCAGGAAGGACAAUUCUGGAUCUGAGAAAUUAUGUUACUUUAAUUUGCCAUGCUGUGAAUCUCACUGUUGUUUGUCAAUUAAACAUGAACUGGAAAUGA